AUGCCCGCGAGCACGCGGCGCGUCGCCCGGUGGCGGCAGGAGAGGCCACCCAAAGAGUCUGACCUGAACACGUUGCUGCAGCAGGUCGUCCAGAAGUCGGAGUCGGCUGCGCUCAAGGCGGCGGUCUCGCAGGAGUUGUCCAAGCUUCUAGCCAAGGGCCCCGAGACGACCGCCCCUGGUGGGGAAGCCGAAGCAGUUCGUCGCGCCAAUGGCGCGUGGCGUGAUGCAGAUACCAAACAUUCGCAAGCAGUAGCAGCGGUGGUCAGGCUCCAGGACAGCCUCGCCAUCGCCAUCGACAAGGAGGUCCAGGCCGCGCAGGUACUGGCCCAGGCCGAGAAGGCCAAACGUGCAGCCGUCGAGGCACUGGCAAGGGUCGAGGGCAUCAUGUCCUCCAGUGUCACCGCCAAGGACGCGAGCCCCGUCGUCGAGGGCACGCCGAGCUUCAGGAUCUCGUGGAACGAGGCCUUGUUCCAGGGCCUCGACGACCUGGAGUGCGAGGAUGAGGAGCGCGAGCAGCUACGGUUAGUACACACGCAGCUGCAGGAGCUUCAGGCCACCCUGAGCGCCAAGGAGGCGGACAUCCAGGCGAUGUUGGAGAAGGCCGCUGUUGUGCGCAAGGAGGUCGAAGAGAGGAACAAGAAGAAGAGGAAGACGGGCAUGGGCGAGGGCCAGGCGGCCCCGGGCGGCGGCGAGCCGACGGCCCCACCUGCACCUGCGGCAGGAAGCGGAGCCACGGCGGAGGCACCCCCAGCGGAUGCCGAUCAUGCCGCCGCCCAGGCCGAGGCCGCAGAGCAGGCCCGUACGGACGACAUCGAGAAGGAGGCUGCGAGGCUCUCCGCCGCGAAGUUCGCGGCUCAGCGGGAGGCGCUGGCCGCGCAGAAGGCGGCACUGGGCAAGUCCAUGGGCAAGGGCAAGGGGAACGGCGACGGCAGCAGCAAGGGCACGGUGGUGCCAGGUGGCGAGGCCGCGGACGGCGCCUCAACCAGGCGCCAACAGCGGGCCCCGGAGGCCGACCCCUGGGCCUGGCUCUCGCCGCGAGCCCUCUCGGCUCUGGCCGCGCCGGGGCGCCGCGCCGACCGAGCGAUGCGCGCGGGCGCGGCCAGCGCGGCAGAGGCCGCGCGCGAGGCUGCCCGCGGCAGCCCCGGCGCGGCCGAGGCUGCCCGCGGCAGCCCCAGCGCGGCCGAGGCGAGGCCCGCGGCGGCGCCCUCGACCGGAGCCGUCGGCGCCCUCGGGCGCAGCGCGGCCGCCACGAGCGCCACGCCUGCGGCGUGGCCACCGAAGGAUGGCGCCGCCCUCCGGCUGGUCGUCCGGGAGCACCACGCCUUCGGCAUGGCCCACAGGCUGCCCCGACGUGACUCCGCCUGGGACUUCCUCACGGGCAUCGAGGACGACAUCGUCGUCCGCAGCGCGGCGUACCGUGGCAUGUUGCAGGGCAAGACGCCGGCCCCGCGGCCUGGCCCGCUCUCGCCGAGGGGCGACGCGCGGCGCGCCCCCCUCGAGCAGCCCAUGUGGAUGACGGUGGACGGCCACCUGCGCGCGCAGCUGCGCCUCACGGGGUUUCACGGGACGCCCGUGCUCGUGGUCGUCCUGCUCUUCCUGCGGCCCUCCGAGGCCGGCCGCGUGCGCACGUGCGACCGCUUCUUCCAGCGCGUGGGCGGCCACGAGAAGGUGUGGCAGGGCCUACGUUGCCGGGACUACAUCCGCGACGCUUGCAGUACAAAGCGAUGUAUGUGGCAAGUAUUGGGCGGGAGCUUGGACGGCGCAGGGAAGUGCGUGUACCAUCUGCGGGAGUCGAACGCAGAAGCAUUUAGGGACACGUGCAAGCAGAUUACGCGGAUACCUGGCCGGUCCAAAGAGGAUGAGCGGGUGACGAAAACGGGAUUGAAAGCUGAUAGGGGAUUAUUUCUCGAUUCGAGCUGAAUGUCAAAGCUCGAUGGUCGGGCGGUGGUUCAGCUGCAUGUUGGCAACUUUCAGCUGACCAUGUUUUUUCGAGCUGUCCUUAGAUCUCUGUCUUACCCAUGGUAUAGCGUCUGGCAGUGUAUGCAAG